CUCACUUCUCAUAGAAAACCGCAGUUGUAUUUUUUAUUCCGAAUGUGUAAUGUGGUUACUUUCGCUAAUGAAGCAAGCAAUUCACUUAUUGUAGGCUUAAUGGAAAAAAAUUAGAUAUGUAAUUGAUCUAGUAACGUAAUUUUGUGGAAUUUUCAUUUGGAGAAAUGUAGCUGGUAUUGGAGUUGAAAUUGUUUAUUUCGAUUUUAGUUUCUUACAUAAAAGUGUUCGAGUGUCGUAGUUUGGUGUGAUUUUGUGGAAAUGUUUGAUUAUUUUUUUUGGGUUGUUCAAACAAUAAAUUACCUCAACAUUUUUUUAAUUACAAAGGAGCUAUUUUAGAAGUGAAAACAAUAGAGAAAGAUCGUUUGAAUCUGUUUCAGUGAUAUUUCAUAGUUUAUAAUAUUUCUCAAAAGUGAUAUUAGAAAUGGAGCCUCCGAAAACGUUGACACUGUUAGAAAACGGUUCAAUUCAAGGUCAAACGAAUGACCUUGACAGUAAAAAAGAGGUCGUAGUGACGUUAAAGGACCCUAAAGGAGGAAUAUAUAUAAGCAGAUUUAAACUUAUACUUUUUACCUCAGCUUUUUUACUAUGUAUGUUACUUGUUGUGUUAUUGCUGACCUUUGUCCGGCAUGAUGAAACUGUGCGAGUUACCUCCCAUUCAGCUAUUUCCGGGUGUGAUAAAAUCAUCAAAGAUGAUAAUGGCGGAAAAACUAUGGAAAAUAUAACAGUGUCCUUUAGUGAUGGAAUUAAAAACGGGUCUCAAGAUAUUUAUGCCGAGAAUUUGACCUAUCCUGAAAAUGUCACAGACGACAAGGACGAGAAGAACGAAAAUAAAACGUAUGGUAUACUGAACGAUUCGACUAUCAACAAGGAUAGAGAACACCCGAGAAACAAUAUCCGGUUAUCGCGAGAUUUCAUUCCGGAACAUUAUGAUAUCCAACUUAUGAUAGAUUUGGAAAAUAAAACUUUUACCGGAAGUGUUAAUAUCAUCCUUAUAGCUAAGAAACCAACAAAAUAUAUCGCUUUCCAUAUAAAUAUGAUGCAAAUUUUCCCACAAGAUGUAAAAGUACGGAACAUAAACACGAAUAAAUACCUAGCAAUUGAUCAACAAAAAUCAUAUAAACGGAACCAGCUUUGGAUCAUAGAACUUGUAGAUAUGGUUGACGUUGGCCAUUCUUACAUGGUCGAAGUAAGAUCGUUCUUUGCAAAAAUUAUCAGGGAUCUCAAAGGACUUUACCUUAGUAUGUACGAAGAAGAUGGCGAGGUCAAAUAUUUAGCAGCUACCCAACUCCAGUCUACAGAUGCACGUAAAAUGUUUCCGUGUUUGGACGAACCUGACAUGAAGGCAACUUUUAGUAUGACAAUUAUACACCAAGAACAAUAUACAGCUUUAAGUAACAUGCCAGCAGAAACUGAACAGUAUUUGACCUCUGACCCUGGAUAUGUCAAGGUCAAAUAUAAGAAAUCUCCAAGAAUGUCAACCUAUCUGUUAGCAGUUAUUGUUGCUGAAUUUCAAUACAAAGAAAAGAUUUUUGAUGAUGGCUAUCAGUUGAGAGUUUGGGCACAACCUAAGAAGAUCAACCAAACUGAGUACGCCUUACAGAUAGGAGAAGAAAUAUAUGAGUACUUUACCGAUUAUUUCGGUAUUAACGACAUUGUUCCUAAAUCAGAUCAUGUAGCUGUUCCAGAUUUCAGUGGUGGAGCAAUGGAGAACUGGGGUCUCGUGAUAUAUCGCGAGACAGCUUUACUGUAUGACCCUGAAUUAUCAUCAACUGAAAACAAGUUGAUGGUUACAUUAAUUGUUGCACAUGAAAUAGCUCAUACGUGGUUUGGUAAUAUGGUUACUAUGAAAUGGUGGGACGAUCUUUGGCUGAAUGAAGGAGUUGCAAGUUUAUUGAUGUACUUCGCCAUGGAUCAUCUUUAUCCUGAUUGGGACAUUUUUAAUCUAUAUGUUGUUGUUAAAGAAGUGUUUACAGUUAUGCUUAAAGAUGCUUUACCUACGUCACAUCCGGUUUCAACACCAAUUAGUACACCUGAUGAUAUUGCCCAAACUUUUGAUACUAUAUCAUAUAGCAAGGGAAUGGCAGUGCUGCGCAUGUUACUUGGCUUUGUGGGCUGGGAAGACUUCAAACAGGGAUUAAGGCUUUAUGUCACCAAAUAUCAAUUUAAGAAUGCUGAAAUGGACGAACUAUGGGAUCAGUUUUCAGAGGCGGUUAAUCAUAGAUAUGACAUAAAAUAUAUAAUGAACACGUGGACACGGCAGAUGGGAUAUCCCGUAAUAACUAUCACGUGUGAGGGUGAUGAUUACGUGUUGCAACAGUCACGGUUUCUAUUGGACGGCAAUUCAAGUUUUGGUGCUCCAAGUAUAUAUGAUUACAAAUGGGUUAUUCCUUUUACGUAUAUGACAGAGGAACACUCGGACCCGAACAACGCUUCUAUAGUCUGGCUAGAUAUGGGGUCAGCAACUAUUCCAAAACAAGAGAACAGUUGGAUUUUAGGGAAUGUUUACUACAAGGGAUUCUACAGAAUUAAUUAUGAACUCUCUAUGUGGCAGUCUCUAGCAGCUCAACUUAAUAGAGAUCAUACUGUAUUUCCUGAAUCUAAUAGAGCUGGUCUUAUAGGAGAUGCUUUAAACCUUGCAAGGGCUCAAACUAUUGACUAUGAGGUUGCAUUGAAUAUGACAACAUACCUUAAGAAUGAAGAGAACUACGUACCAUGGAGAGCCUUUGUAGAUUCAAUAGAAUUUAUUAAAGGGAUGAUUUCAAAGCAGGGUUCAUAUGUUUUAUUACGGAAAUAUCUUCAUGACCUGGUGGCACCUGUAUUUGACACUGUAGGAACAUCAACGUCUGGAACUCUGCCAGAACAGCACAUGAGAGACGUAAUGCUACAAACAGCAUGCGAUGUAGGUGUAGUUAAAGCUAUUAGUUAUGCCAAGGAAAUGUUCAAGAAGUGGAAGACGGAAGGUAUCAAGUUACCAUCUCAGUAUUCACUGGUUAUUUACACUGUUGGGGUCAGAGAAGGCAGUGUUGAGGAAUGGGAUUAUGUAUGGAACAAGUCUAAGUCCUCUAAUGUUGAUGGCGAGAGGGAGAUGUUGAUGGACGCUUUGGCUCAAUCUCAGAAACCAUGGUUACUUUGGAGGUAUGCUAACUGGAUUUUUGACAGUUCAAAGAUUAAAAUGCAGGAUGUUCGGCUUGUUGUCAGCUACUUUGCCAAGAAUCCACUUGGUAGGAUGAUAGCUUUGCAUUUGCUGAUGACGAAAUGGGAAAGACUAAAUGAACAGUUUGGUGGAGAUAAUUUUCUUCUGCGAGAAACCAUUGGUGAAGUUACUCAGUAUGUGAAUACGGAAUUUGAAUAUAAACAGCUUGAGAGACUCUUCCGAGAUAAACCACCAAAGGUCGCAAAGAAAGAGGCAGAGAAUGCAUUAGCUCUAAUGAGAGCAAACAUAAAGUGGAUGGAAUUGAAUUAUGCUACAAUCACAAACUGGUUACGGGAUCACGUGGUUGGAAUGCUUUAAAAAUUAUUGGUCAUUUAAUUAUUUGAUCAUAUGACAUAGUUUCUGAUAGGAAAAAUGGCCAGUGACUUGCAAGUGAAGUAUUGACAACA